GAACGAUUCUGCGGGAGAGAACGACUCUGCGGAAGAGAACGAUUCUGCGGAAGAGAACGAUUCUGUGGAAGAGAACGGUCCUGCGGGCGAGAACAAGGCCACGACUAUGAAGGCAGAGGCUGUAGUCACUGCGAUCGCGAGCAUGUUGCUUUUCCUUUUCAACCGUCAAGCGAACUACCUUCAACUCCUUACAGGACUCUAUUUGUAUGGGAAUGGUACCGCUCGGAGUGUCAUCGGUAUUCUCUCCAAAAUUGGCCUGACUGUAUCUCAUCAAACAAUCCAUCGAACACUGCGAGCACUGUCCAACGACGCGUCUACUAAAGCGAGAGAGGCAGCCAAUACCAAACCAUUCUACAUAGUGUACGAUAAUAUAAACAUUGCAUUCCGCAAACACGACCAAAGGCUUUUCAAUCAGGACUCGUUCGACAAUGGAACGACUGCAACUCUCAUCGUAUCGGACGUUACUGCUGAGGAAGAGAUGGAAACCAAUUCUGCGAAGCACCUACGCUUCAAAGACCUCUUACCUAAACAUGACCAUAACAUCGCUAUGUUCGAAACUUUCCGCUUCCACUUGGUUGGGGUUUUACAACGACGUGUUGAAACCUUCAAGAGCUGCUCGUGGCCCACCCCAACAAUCAAGCUUCUGCCGGUCAAUGCGACCAAAACUUACCCGUUGCCUUUGAUGCAAAUUAACCAGGCGACUGUCCAGGGAAACAAGGACAUCCUUGAGACAAUUAUGGAGAUUGAGCUUCAGCUACCACCGGAAUGGUUUGAUGGAAGGCGGAUACUUAUCGCAGGGGACCAGCUUACAACAAUCAGAGUUCACUCCUUGAAGAAUCAGCGCUGGGAUGACAUUUCGACCUAUCAUCGACACGAAUAUGCAAUUCCGAUAAUGCAGCUAUUCCACCUACAGAUGUUGUUGGGCGCCACCAUCCUUCGCCACCACUAUGGCUCGGCCGCAACGCCAGGAUCAAUAGCGUUCAAUGCGUCGUUGCUGAAUCGAAAGCGUGUCAGCCUUGAUAAGCCCGACUUUCAUGCAACAGAUGAGUUGCUUCGCCAAUCUUUUGAGGCGAUGGCUUUGAGAGCAUGGGAGAUUAUACUAGAGUGCGAUAGCCUGAGCGAAUAUCAGCACAACGGCACAGAAGCAGAGCUCCUCGACCUUGUUGGCUCCAAAGUUAACACCAUCCUCGAGCGGUUUAUCAUGAAGGGCAACCAAGAACAUCUUGCUGACGUUGCUUCAAGAAACGCUGCCUUAUUCCUCAGAGACAUGAUGCUGUACAUCGAGCUUGCCUCAGCUAUCAAGUGCGGCGAUACCGGACGCCUGGAGAACGUCAUCAAGCACAUCACUGUCAUUUUUCAGGCCGGCUCCACCAAAAACUAUGCCAAUGAGCUAUUGCUUAUGCACAUUGGCCUCCAUUAUUCCUGGUCCCCUCAAACGAGGCGCGCCGUAUUGUCGUGUAUGCUGGUGAACCCCACCGGGAAGGAGGGCCGGUUUAUUCCAACAGAUCUCUACCAGGAGCACAACAACUUAAGGACGAAGGAAAUUCAUGGCUUGAGGGGACGUAGUGCAAACUGGGGGACAAUGGGAAGAGCAGUUUCAACCAACAUUAGGACCUUUGAUGAAAUCGGGAAAGAGUUUCAAAAGGCUUGGGGUAUAACUCCCGCUGGCACCAACCAUACGACAGUGCCAGACACCAAUGACAUUAACGCAAUACUGCAGAAUAUCCAGGAGAAUGGUAUCCUAGGCAACGAUAUUCAACCGCUCUCGGAUAUUGAGGGAGUGAGUGAUCUGUUUGAGGAUGGCAUGGUGAAGCUGAUGAAAAAUGGAUAUCUGGAGAGUUUUAUCGAUCGCAACACUCGUCUCCGGCAACAAACUGAGAGUGAUGGAAGAGCAAGUCCCAUGUCAGUGGACGAUGAAAUAAACAGCGAGAUGGAUGCUGAGGUGGACGAAGACAUGGAUGAUCAGAUAGACAAUGAGGUGGGGUGGAAUGGUAUAGAAUUCGGCAUCGAUGAUUAUGUUCAGGUUACAGCAGAAUAAAACAUUUAUUUUUUCACCCGAUACCCUUUUUAUAACACGUAGUCUUCAGCUUUUAACACACUGAUGAGGUGUGGCAAUUGUUGCCCAGGCCCUAGGGGCACGCCCGUGUAAUGCGAUAUGUCAACUGGCGACUAUAAAUUGAUGAAGAGGACAACUGUGGUAGAUCUUUGCUAGUUAGUCUGGUAGAUUCGCAGAGUCAUUUGACUAGAGAGACAAAUUGUUAUAAAAUAAAAAAAAUAAUAAUAAUUUUUUCAUCCAUGCACUACUGAUCAGGUUUUUUUUGAAAAAUUCAUGGCGGUCUUGACUCUGAAAGGGCAUUGUGCUCUUUGUGUCGGUGGUUGUUUCCUUUGACGUUGUCGUUUAAGAGUCUGUUGCUCGUGUUGCUCCAACUGCUCCAGUUGUUCAAUCUGUUGCCGCUUUGGCUGUUGCUGUUGCUGUUGCUGUUGCUGUUGCUGUUGCUGUUGCUGUUGCUGUUGCU